AUGACCAACGGCCAGAACGAGAAGCAAGCCCCGGCCGUCGCCCCCGGCGGCUUCACCGGCUCCAACCUGUACUCGCAGAACAUCUGGAACCCCACGUAUGGCGGCGCCGCCAAGAGAGACACAAGAGGACCCGAAGACGCCUUCCCCGGACAACCGUCCGGGUCUAGCGCCCUCAGAGAGAACUCGGAGGCCGAGACCUGGAGCCACAGCCCGUGGAACCAGGACGCCCAGACCCGGACGGCCUCCGGCAGCGCCUCGCCCAACCGCACACGCGACAGCCUGCACGGUGCCACGUCCUUCUUCGAGAACAAUGCCGUCGGUCAGGGACGGGGCCUCAUCAAUGGCCGCCCAAAGUCCUACCUCGAGGAGGAUAAGGAGAACGCCGGCUUCGGCCCCAGCUACAACAGCCCCUUCGACGGCUCCUACACCCGGCAGGAGAAGCGCGGCUCCAAGGACAACGCCUACCUCGGCCUCGGCGUCGUUGGCGCUCCCUCGAGAGACGACAGCAUUCCCCCCUCGCGUCAGUCGGACGAUUCGCACCACUCGCCCCCAGCAUUCCGGGACACCUUCGGUGGCUACGGCCACACGCCUAGCAACUCGAUUUCCCGCCCGGCCAUCCCCGGCCACUCUUCCUCCUUCCCCACGCAGACGGCCAACAAUCGCGCCUUCAUGGCCAACGGCAGGCAGAUGGACGACGCCGACCUGGCCUCGCAGUUCAAGAAGACUCUCACCCUCGACGAGGCCCAGAGCCUCGCUGCCGCUAGCGCGCAGAACUUCCAAUUCAACCCCGUGUCCCAACCCUGGAGGGCAGACGUCACCACAACCGACGCCUACGCCGAUGCCAUGGCCCAGUACCUCCCGCACAAGCGCGGCCCCGUCGCCGCCACCACCUCCUCCAGCCAGUACCGGGUCGUCACCAGCCCGAAGAACUAUGCGCCCCAGCUCUCCGACCCCUGGGCCCAGAGGCAGCCGUCUCGCGACCUGAGAAUGGUCCCGGACAGUGACCGGCGGACGCCCGUCCCGGCCUUCAUUCAGGCCCAGGCCCCGGCCUUCUACCCCGGCCCCUACUAUAGCCCCAACUACGCCGGGCAAUACCCUCCUCAGAUGUUCGACCCCUAUGGCAGGCCCUCGCUGCCCCUGCCCGGCUACGGCCUGCACAUGGCGCCCUACUCCAUCCCCGGCGUCAUGCCCGUCCGUCCGGCCAAGGACCAGGACCCCGGCAAGGGCGUCCGGAGCCUGCUCCUGGAGGAAUUCAGGUCCAGCUCCAAGUCGAACAAGCGAUACGAGCUCAAGGACAUUUACGGCCACGUCGUCGAGUUCAGCGGUGACCAGCACGGCUCGAGGUUCAUCCAGCAGAAGCUUGAGACGGCCAAUAGCGACGAGAAGGAUCAGGUCUUCCGCGAGAUCGAGCCCAACGCCAUCCAGCUGAUGAAGGACGUCUUCGGCAAUUACGUCAUCCAGAAGUUCUUUGAGCACGGCAACCAGGUCCAGAAGAAGGUGCUGGCUUCGCAGAUGAAGGGCAAGGUCGUCGACCUAUCGAUGCAGAUGUACGCCUGCAGGGUCGUGCAGAAGGCCCUCGAACACGUCCUCGUCGAGCAGCAGGCAGAGCUCGUCAAGGAGCUGGAGCCCGAGAUUCUUAAGGUUGUAAAGGACCAGAACGGCAACCACGUCGUGCAGAAGAUCAUCGAGCUCGUCCCCCGCCAGUACAUUGACUUCGUUAUGGACUCGUUCCGCGGCCAGGUCAGCCAGCUGGCGGCGCACAUGUACGCCUGCCGCGUUAUCCAGCGCAUGCUUGAGUACGGCACGGACCAGGACAAGGAGACCAUCCUGGCCGAGCUGCAUAACUCGACGCAGGUCCUCAUCACUGACCAGUACGGUAACUAUGUUGUGCAGCACAUCAUCGAGCACGGCAAGUCCGAGGACCGGUCGAGGAUCAUCCAGCUCGUCAUCGCGCAGCUCGUCACCAUGUCCAAGCACAAGUUCGCGUCCAACGUCGUCGAGAAGUGCAUUCAGUACGGCUCCGCCGAGGAGCGCAAGGGCAUCCGCGAGCAGAUCAUCUCCCAGAGCGCCGACGGCACCAGCUCGCUCCAGCUGAUGAUGAAGGACCAGUACGGCAACUACGUUAUCCAGAAGCUGCUGAACCAGCUCGACGGACCUGAGCGCGAGGCCUUUGUCGAGGAGAUGCGACCCCAGUUCAACACACUGCGUAAGACCAGCACCAGCCGCCAGCUGGCGGCCAUCGACAGGCUCAUCUACGCGACGCAGACGCAGCCCCCGGCCAAGACUGGCGGGUCCCAGGCCGACUCGACGGCUGCGACCCCGGUCCUGACCAUGGAGCCCAACAGCCCGCAGAGCAGCAGUCCCCCAAGCACCAGCGCCAGCGCCGUCGGCGAGGUGGCAGAGGACGACAGCAAGGUCGGCGCUCCGGGUGGCGUCAGCCUCAAGGUGGAGGUGGACGAGGCCUGA